CGCGAGCGUUCUGUUACCAUGGAGACGGAUGAAGCCCGGAGCAGCGCACUGUAGCUAAACGUUAACUUUUGAACCGUUUUGUGUGUGUACCACCUCUUAUCGUCCAGGAGCUAACCCAGCUAAGACUACAGAAAGAUGAGGAGGAUCAUAGCUGAAGAUCCAGACUGGUCCCUGGUUGUAGUCCCUUGUUUGUCAAACCUCUGUCUGCAAAGCAUUGUCAGAAACUUUGAGGAAAAGCCAAUAUUUAGAGCCUUGACACCCGUCCAGAAAGCCUUUGUGCAGGAGAGAUUGUCUACUUCCGUGCCACUGCAUGUGACAGCCAACUUGAUUGGUGAUGGUGUCUACUGGAAGCGGUGCUGUGAGCAGCGGUGGGACCUUUGUGACGUCUCCCUUUAUGGCAACAGCUGGAAACAGAUGUUCUUCGAGAGGCAAAUGGAGCACAUCAUUGAGCUUUUUAUCCCGGAUGUAACAGAGUCAAGUGCCGUCCUGGGGAUGGUACCUCUUUGUAAGAACUAUGUCAAAAGGCUGGAGAUCUCCCAACUCCUGCCGCCUAUCAAGGAGCCCCAGAAAGAGGAAGAUGAAUAUGGCUCAGAGUUGGCAAGUGAAAAUGAGUACGACGGACCGUCUAUGGACCACUUUGACUUUAACAUCCUGCUCAACAAGCUGACAAACCUGGAAGAGCUCCAUUUGGUGUACAGUGUCAAACAGUGUGGUAUGAACUUUGAAUGGGAGAUGUUUGAGAUGACUGACAGAGAUUGUGAGUCCCUCGCCAAGGCCCUUAAGUCCUGUAAGACUUUGAAGCUUCUAAGGCUCCAUCAAAGCCACAUUGAGGAUAAAAAGUGCCGUAUGCUGGUGAAAUGCCUUUUGGACCACCCGUCCCUCAGGGAGCUCGACUUCUCUCACAACCUGAUCGGAGACAAAGGAGCCAGAGCCAUCGGCAAACUGCUCACCAGGAAUAAACUGGAGACACUGAACAUGUGCGACAACGAUAUUAGAGGCCCGGGAGCCAAAGCUAUAGCUCAUGCCCUGUCCAACAACUCCACCCUUGUGUCACUCAACCUGCGUCUCAACCGUUUGAGGGACGAGGGGGGCGAGGCUAUUGGCAAGGCCUUGCUGAACAACAACAGUCUGCGUCAUCUGCACCUGGGAGGCAAUGAGGUGACGCGGCCUACUGCCAUUGCUCUGUCUAAAGUGCUAGUUCAGAAUAACACCCUGAAGAGCAUCAACCUCUCCUGUAACAACCUGGGUGUGGAUGGAGGUAGAGCUCUGGAGGAGGCGAUGUCUCACAACACCGGCAUAACAGAAUGCGAUCUCCGUCUGACGGAGGUUGACGAACAGAGCGUUUCUUUCAUCAACCAGGUGGUUUGGACCAACCAGAGUUUAGAACAAAAGAGACGUGCUCAGGAGAGUAAAGCAAAGUAGACAUCAGCAGCUCCUUUUUUUUAAUACAAUACACCCCUCUUUGUUAGUUAUUGAUCAGCACUCCUCUUGUAUUCAUUUAGGCAUGUUGCACGACCACUUUAUGCCAGCUCUGCAUCUCAAAUUAAAGUAGAUGAACAGAAUUAUUAAAAAAAAAACACAAAAUAAUAUUUUUGUUCUUAGUAAAAAACACUAUAAAAAACAAAUUUUUAUAUUUUAUGGUAUGUAUUUCUGAUGCCACAAAUAAUUAUCAAAAAGGAUGUCCCUUAAUGCUACUUAAAAAAACAUUUUAGUCUUUUAAGCCUUUACUACAACCAUAACUUUAAACACAACAAGAACAAAAACAAGAAGCAUAUUUCUCACAUAUUAAGAUGUAGACCAUAUAUCCAGUAAACAAUACACAAAGCAUUGCAUAGUGAAGUUCUUUGGGAUGUGGCAACCAUUGUGGGAAGUAAUUUCUGACACAUAUUUUAGUGAGCAUUUCAGUUUAUUGAGGAGCUUUUUUUUCCCAUUUUGAUUUUGACACAGAUUUGGUAUUCAGUCCUUAUGUAACAUCAAGGCAACGUUGUGGUGAUGUUGGAAUACAUACAGACUUGUGUUUAGUGUUUUUUUUUUUACCUAUAUCUACUGGCUAAUAGUAUGGUAGUAACACCUUUGCUAGGCAGCAAUAAAACAUCUUAAGUGUAAUUAA